GCUGGCAGUGUCGCUCCCGCCCGCGGUCCUCCAGCCGCUAAUGGCGCUGUCUCCCACCCUCAGGCCGGCCUCCCAGACGGUGUCUGUGUCUUGGCUGCGACUCGGGUGGACAUGGCUGGGCUGCCGCGGCGCAUCGUGAAGGAGACACAGCGUCUGAUGGCGGAGCCGGUGCCGGGGAUUCGAGCCGAGCCGGAUGAGGCCAACGCUCGAUACUUUCACGUGGUGAUUGCUGGGCCCCAGGACUCGCCCUUCGAAGGGGGUAAUUUCAAGCUGGAGCUCUUCCUGCCGGAGGAAUACCCCAUGGCAGCCCCCAAGGUCCGGUUCGUCACCAAGAUCUACCAUCCCAACGUGGACAAGCUGGGCAGGAUCUGCUUGGACAUCCUGAAAGACAAGUGGUCUCCAGCACUGCAGAUCCGGACGGUCCUUCUCUCCAUCCAGGCUUUACUCAGCGCACCCAACCCUGACGACCCACUGGCCAAUGACGUGGCAGAACAGUGGAAAAACAGCGAAUCACAGGCCAUAGAGAUCGCCCGAGCAUGGACCAAACUGUACGCCAUGAGUAGUUAAGAUGAUGGUGCCUACGACUUGUAACUUCGAACGACGCCCCUCCCUUCGCACCCCAACUUCACUCCGCCUGUCUCGGCAAGCUCUGCCCCACCUCCCGUGACCUCUCCGGAUGUACAGUGGCUGCGGAGCUCCGGAAUCUGGUCCCAUUAUUUAUAUCCUGGUUCUGUUUGGAAAUGCCCGUGCCUCCUUUUUUGCACGGGGACCAGGUGUUCUGCUGUGUAUGAUGUAGAUAUCAAUAUAUCAUUGUAUGGUUUCUGACUGUCA